AUGGCUACGGCUAUUUCGCCAUUUGCGUCUACGAAAGAGACUACCAACUAUGCAAGACUAUGCCGCCUCCUGGUGGAUGUUGGAUCUCAGGUGCUUCGGUCCACUUUUGACAGAAUACAUCCACCAGCGACUCUACAUACAGUUUUGGGAAGUACCUCAGUGCAUUACGCCACAUUGCAAUCACUGUACAAAGGGAGGAAGAAAGUGCUGAAUCCCACGCAAUGGGGAAAGUUGUACCCUUCUCACGCACCCGUGUCUUCUGCAGCCUUCGAUAUCACACUUCUAACGGUGCUUCUUAGAAAUAUCUGUGGUUUGGGCCCUCCUGUCAAUGGAUGGGAUCGUCUUCCCCUAGUUAUAAACAUAAGCAUUGCAGAUGACAUCGCCAGAGUGAAGUAUUACAGGAACACUGUAUACGGCCAUGCUUCUCAAGCCUCUGUGGAUGACAGUAGUUUCAGUGCUUACUGGCAGGAAGUAAGAGAAGCUUUGGUGAGACUGGGAGGAGCUCGUUUUAGAGCUGAAAUCGACAAUCUUGAGCACAACUGCAUGGAUCCAGAUGUCGAGGAGCAUUAUCGUGAACUGAUGAAACAAUGGAAGAAAGACGAUGACAGCAUCAAAGACAAGCUUGAAGAAAUUGAAGAUUUGCUGGAAAACAUGAGAAGCAUUAUGGAGAGAAACUUCAGAGACACAACUGACAGGAGAGAGAUUGAUAUGAAAGAGGUGAAAGAAAAGCUGACUAGUCUGACGGCCUCAGUUGAAAAAAGCACACAAGAAGAUUUCCAAUGUUAUUCCACGAAAGGGUCUCUUGAGAAAAUGAGAAGCGAAAUGGCAAAGAUGGACAAUGAACUUAAAGAAGUGAAGGAAAAGCUGUGUACUUUGGCAACCCCUGUGGGAGAAAGUAAGAAUGAAGGUAUUUUUGAUCCAACUGAACUUAUCAAUGGAAUUCGCCAGCUGUACAAGACUCGUGAGGGAUGGCUCUCACCAUUUCCAUGGUGUGAAGAGUUUCAGUUUUUUCUUGGAAAUAUUUUUACAAAGCUCAAAGUGGUCAGAAGAAAGAAAACGAGAAGAGAAAUCACUGACGUAUUUGUUGACAUGUCGUCAAUACUAGACCCGUAUGAAGAGUGUUCAGCGCCGAGAACGGUGUUGAUUGAAGGAGAACCUGGUAUGGGAAAAACCACCUAUUGUAAAAAGUACGCCUACGACUGGGCCACAAAACAGCAAGCACCUCAGGGCUGCGGCUCAACAGCAUUAAAAUUGGUAUUGUUGCUGAAAUGUCGAGAUAUCCACUCUGACGUUUGGGAAGCCAUUGAUGAUCAGCUGCUGCCCCUAGGCAUCGAUGAAAAAGUCAAACAACAAUUUUUUCAGUUUAUUCGUGAAAAUCAGUCCAGCAUUUUAUUCAUAUUGGAUGGAUUGGAUGAGUUACCAUCCGGGAAAUUGUCGAUGUUUUCCAAAUUAAUUGAAGGAAGAGAACUCCCUAGAUGCCACAUAGUUGCAACAGCAAGACAAGAAGCUGGAAAAGAGGUGAGAAAAUGUUGUGACGCGCUGCUUCAGAUCGAAGGAUUCACUGAAAAGCAUGUGAUAGAAUUUGUCACCAAGUACUUUAAAGAAAGGACGGAUUUAGCCACCAAGCUCUCGCAACGGAUGUCGCGAGAUAAAAACCUGACAGAAAUAGCGGCCAAUCCUCUAAACACAGCACUUCUUUGCCUUUUAUGCGAAGAGUUUGAGGGCACACUUCCCGAAAGCAGAGCUCAACUGUACUUGGAUAUGGUUGAAUGUGUUUUGAGAAGAUAUAGAAAAAAGAAGGGACUAUUAGAAAAGAUCGAAGACCUGACAAACCAUUACAAACCGCAAUUGAAUUACCUUGGAAAGGUAGCGUUGAAUGGUUUACUCGACGAUAAGCUGGAUUUAAAUGAAAGUGAAUUGAGAAACCAUGCAAAAGACCUGACUGAAUUUGGGUUUCUGUCAGUGCAGCCUGGUGGCAGCAAACUGAGACAAACACUGCAUUAUGCCUUCUUACAUAAAAGUUUUCAAGAAUUCUUUGCAGCAUUCUUCAUUUGUUCUCAGAUUCAAAGCAAGGAAAUGAAACCUGAAGAACUAGUUUCUGAUCCAAGGUAUUUCGUUGAACUUAAACAAAUACUUUUGUUUUCGUGUGGAAUUUUGGCCAUGAAAUGCGAUAAACAAGUUGUGGCUCUUGUAAAGAGUUUAACAAAUGGAGUCAACAAAAAUGAAGGCCGUGGUGCAAAAAUUGUAUUGGAGGCCAUCAACGAAUGCAAAAGAGAAAAAAGUGAUUUUCACUCGCAUUUAUCGAAGUCGUUUGGAACUGGUUUGAAUCUGACCAAUUUGGAUUUGUCUUACAAUGGUAUUAGUGCUGCGGGUGCUACAUGUAUUGCUGAGGCAAUCAAAGUGAACAAGACGCUAACCAAUUUGGAUUUGUCUUACAAUGGUAUUAGUGCUGCGGGUGCUACAUGUAUUGCUGAGGCAAUCAAAGUGAACAAGACGCUAACCAAUUUGUAUUUGUCUGGGAAUCGUAUUAGUGCUGCGGGUGCUACAUGUAUUGCUGAGGCAAUCAAAGUGAACAAGACGCUAACCAAUUUGAAUUUGUGUGGGAAUUGUAUUAGUUCUGCGGGUGCUAGAUGUAUUGCUAAGGCAAUCAAAGUGAACAAGACGCUAACCAAUUUGGAUUUGUCAAGUAAUCGUAUUGGUGCUACGGGUGCUACAUGUAUUGCUGGGGCAAUCAAUGUGAACAGGACGCUUACCAAAUUGGAUUUGUCUUACAAUGGUAUUAAUGCUGCGGGUGCUAGAUAUAUUGCUGAGGCAAUGAAAGUGAACAAGACGCUAACCAAUUUGGAUUUGCGAAACAAUGGUAUUAGUGCUGCGGGUGCUAGAUGUAUUGCUGAGGCAAUCAAAGUGAACAAGACGCUAACGAAUUUGUAUUUGCGAAACAAUGGUAUUAGUGCUGCGGGUGCUAGAUGUAUUGCUGAGGCAAUCAAAGUGAACAAGACGCUAACCAAGUUUGAUUUGUCUUAGAAUGGAAUGUCUUGCUGAGGCAAUUAAAGCAGGGUUUAAACAACUUUCAAGUAGAAGGGCACUGCCUUUAAAGUAGGCAGGUACCUUGGAAAAUUGAGGGCCGAAGGCCCGAACCUCUAGGGGGGUCCGGGGGCACGCUCCCCCGGGAAAUUUUUAAAAGA